GGGAUAGUGCUGAUCAUAAAAGAGCUGGUCUUUCCCAGAUACUUUACAGAAGAUGACAUUAUAAGCAUCCAAUUAACUGGGUGAAUUUGUGCGCAAGCAGAAGAUCCUGUAACAUUUCUCACAGAUGGCAGUCCAGUCUCUUCUUGAAAGCUUCCAGUGAUGAAGCUCCCACAACUUCUGAAAGCAAGUUGUUCCAUUGGUUGAUCGCUCUCACUGACAGAAAGUUUCUCCUCAUUUCUGGAUUUAUUCACUGAUCAACUAUUACAAUCUGAAAAUGCUUCUGACUUUGUUCCUUGUUAUCCUUGGGACCCAGGCUUCUAAAACACAGCAACCUGCCUCUGAAUCUGUAGAUGUUGUCCUUCUGAUUGACAGCUCUAAUACCCUCGGCAGACAAGGUUUUCUCUCAUUAAAAAAUAAUGUGAAUAGAAUGAUCAGCAAUCUUCCAAUAGGGCCAAAUAAAUAUCGCCUUGCACUUGUUCAAUACAGUGAUGAUAUCCAUGUUGAAUUCCAGCUGGAUAACUUCAGAGGAAAAAACCCUAUGCUGAACCAUAUUAAAAAGAUAUUUUCAUUCCGGGGUGGCCCUUUAAGGACUGGGAAUGCCCUACAAAAGAUCCACAAGACUAUUUUUAAGGCACCAAGAAGAGACAGACACCAGGUUUUGAUCGUUACAACUUCAGGAGUAUCACAAGAUGAUGUGGAAGGACCUGCCACAUUAAUGAGAGAAGAUGGGAUAAAAAUAAUUGCUUUAGGAAUGCCGAAUGCAUCUGAGCAAGACCUACAGUCAAUGGCCACACAUCCAUUCAGUUACCAUUUUGAUACACUAAAAGAUCUGCAAAAGUUUUCCUCAAAUAUAUUGUCUGUCAUUGAAUCAGCUGUAACAAUAGAUGAGAGCUUAGUCAUCUCCACAACUAACCCACCAAGUACAACUUUUGCUCAUAGCAUACCCAUAAAAGUUGCGGAUUGUUCUGAUGAUUUAAUUGCAGAUGUUGUGUUUGUGGUCGAUGAAGUCGUUUCACCUACAAAUAGUGAAUAUAUUGUAUCUUUCUUACAAAACACAGCAACCUCUCUUGAUGUGCAGAAAAGCUGCGUCAGAAUUGGUCUAGUGACAUACAGCAAUGAGCCUCGUGUACUUUCUCAACUUAACACAGAAACAGAGAUAAACAAUCUUGUAUUUAAGAUCAAGAGCUUUUCUCCCAGGGAAGGAAAAGCCAAAUUAGGUGCUGCCUUGAACUUUACCAGAGAAAUAAUUUUUACUGAAAGUGCUGGAAGCAGAAAGACAGAAGGUGUGGAACAAAUAGCUACCAUCAUCACCCACAGAUCCUCUGAGGAUAGUGUAACUGAAGCAUCAAGUCUCCUUUUGCAGAAGGGUGUGACGGUAUUUGCCAUAAGCAUUGAAGGGGCUAAUAUCACACAGUUAGGGGGAGUAGUAUCCUAUCCCCCAAAUAGAAAUAUUAUAAAAGUUGACCAUUUUUCAAACCUCACAGAUAAGUCUAAAAUUUUUAAGGAAAAACUGUUUGAGCACAUUCAUUUGUUUUUUGCCCAAGCCGAAAGAACAAAAGAAUUCCGAUCAGGAUGCAUGGAAACAGAAAAGGCUGAUAUUUACUUUCUCGUUGAUGGUUCAUCAAGCAUCAGCCCCUCCGAUUUUAUUAAGAUGAAGACAUUCCUAAAGGAAGUAAUUAAGAUAUUUACCAUAGGACGUAAUCAUGUUCGAUUUGGAGUUGUUCAGUUUGCAACUGUUUAUAAAAAAGAAUUUGAACUUGAUGAGUAUACAAAAAUCAGCCAUGUAGAAAAAGCCAUUAAUAAUAUAAUCCAAAGGGGAGGAGAUACGUAUACUGGAGCUGCUAUACGGUCUAUGCAGCUAUUAUUUGAAAAGGCAAAAAACCAGCGAGAGGGCAAAGUUCCUUCUUAUCUCAUUGUACUGACAGAUGGAAAAGCACAUGAUAAUGUGCUGGAACCUUCUAAAAUGCUAAGAAAAUCAGCUGUCAAUAUUUAUGCUAUUGGUGUGAAACCUGCUAAUAUUACACAGUUAAAUGAGAUUGCAGACUCAAAAUCAAAGGUUUACUAUGCGGAACAGUUUGAAUCCUUGAAAAAUAUAAAAAAUAAAAUUGUUCAAGACAUAUGUUCUGAAAAAGCCUGUGAGAAAAUGAAAGCUGAUGUCAUGUUCUUAGUGGACAGCUCUGGAAGUAUAAGCGAUCAGGAUUUUGAGAAGAUGAAGAAGUUCAUGCAAGAAUUGGUAGAUAAGUGCAGUGUUGGUCUAGAUGAAGUACAAUUUGGUGUUGUUCAGUUCAGUAGCACCAAUAAAGAAGAGUUCCAACUCAACUCAUCAAAAGAUUACAUUAUUAAUGCUAUUGGGAACAUGGCUCAAAUGCAACAGAACACUUAUACUGGAAACGCUCUGCAAUUUGUUUCUGAUUAUUUCAAACCAGCAAAAAAAGCACGGCCUUCUGUCAACAAAAUUCUUAUCCUCCUCACAGAUGGGGAAGCACACGAUGAUGUAAGAAAACCAGCCAGUGCUCUAAGAAAAGAAGGUGUCAUUAUCUAUUCCAUUGGGAUUAUUGGUGCCAAUGGUACACAAUUACUAGAGAUCAGUGGGACAGCUAAAAAUAUGUUUUACUUGACAGAUUAUGAUAGUCUAAAAUACAUAGAGAAAGACAUCAUGUUUCACAUAUGCAGUCCAUAUAAAGCGUGCCAAAGGAUAACCCGUUUAGAUCUGGUUUUUGUAAUUGAUAGUUCUAGCAGUAUUGGUGAAACUAACUAUGCUCUCAUAAGUAACUUCAUAAUUGGCAUUGUAAAUAAGUCUGUUGUAGGUGAAGAACAUGUUCAGUUUGGAGCAGUAAAGUAUUCCGAUAAUCCAGAAAUUAUGUUCAAGCUGAAUACUUACAGUAAAAGAUCAGAUAUCAUUAAAUUUAUUCAGGACAACAACACACUUUUAGAGGGACGUACAUAUACAGCAAAGGCUCUUCAGUUCUCAAAAGAUCUUUUAACUAAAGAGAAUGGCAGCCGCAUACACCAUGGUGUCCCUCAAGUUCUUAUGGUCAUAACUGAUGGAGUAUCUCAUGAUAAGGCAAUUCUGAAUAGCACUUCAAAUGAACUCAGAAAGAAAGGAACUAUUAUUUAUGCCAUUGGAAUAAAAGACGCAAAUCCUGAGGAACUUGCAAUCAUGGCUGGAUCAGAAGACUAUUGGUUCUACAUGCCAUCAUUUGAGGGACUAGAAAAAAUAACCACGAACCUGUCAAAUCAAUUGUGCACUGAUUCAAAACCAGAAUGUGAUAUUGAAGCAGAACUUGUUAUCCUAACUGAUUCCAGAAGUAUCCCUGACAAAGAACUGAAAGCUGUGAAGGAUUUUGUGAUAAAUUUGCUUAAGUCAAUUAUAAAUAAAGACAAUAUUAUAGUUGGGAUGGCCCAAUUCAGAAAUACACUUCAAGAAGUAUUCCAGCUUGGUGCUUAUCAAAAUCUACCAGAAUUAUAUAGUAAAAUCACUAAUAUGUCACUGAUUACAGGGGGCUCCACAUUGAUUGGACAUGCCCUCAAAGAAGUCAAAACCUUUUUCAAAACCAGCAAACAAAGAGUAGCUCGAAAUGUUAACCAAAAGUUGCUCAUAUUUACUGAUGGAAGAUCAGAUGAUGAGUUUUUUCAAGCAGCAAACGAUCUGAGAGAUGAAGGUGUGGAAAUCCAUGCAGUUGCAGUAGGAAAUGUGAUGGAUUCAAAACUUCUGCAGAUUACGAGUCUCCCAAGCAGAAAACAUAAGGUUGAUGAUUACAGUGAUCUAAAAACACUUGUAAAUCAUGUAAAGAAGGAAAUUUGUGAAGAGACUACUGAAGCAACAUGUUUUGUAGAUAUUAUUAUUGGAUUUGAUAUAUCAUCUCAGAAGCCAGGAAACAAUUUAUUCAAUAACCAACAACAUUUGGAGAUUCAUCUUCCUGAUAUUGUAAAAUACCUAACAUCUUUAAGCAGCACAAGUUGCUCUAAGGGUAAAAAAGUACAAUUCAGUGUGACUAUUUCAGUAGAAAAUACAAAUGAACCUUUCUGGACACAAUUCCAUCAUGUUCAUGACCCAAAUAUAAUAACAAAACUUAGAAACACUGUGGUCAACAGACCAUCUCAUCUCAACAUCAACUUCUUGGAUGCUAUUUGGAAUUUAGUUAAAAAUGAGAUUGACAUAAAAAAUCGAAACACGGUUUUACUUAUUUUCUCAGAUGGCUUGGAUGAUAAUAUAAUAGCACUUAGACAAAAAUCUGAACAGCUUAGAAUACAAGGACUAGAUGGACUAAUAACAGUUGCUUUGGAAGGAGCCAAAUAUAUUGAUCAACUUCAGCAUAUUGAAUUUGGAAAGGGAUUUGGAUAUAACACUCAAUUAUUUAUUGACACAGAAAAUGUUGCUAAGAGGCUCUUUCAGUAUGUGGACCAAAUUGCUGAGCGAAAAUGCUGCUGCAUAUUUUGUAGGUGUGAGGGAGAAGAAGGACCCCGUGGAGAAAGACGAGAAAAGGGGCACAAGCUGAAAGGAAAGGAUGGAGACCAACUCUUUGGCCACUCCUACCAGGAAUUGCAGCCAUUCCUCUUCUCAGAACUGAAAAACAAGAUUGCACCGCUGAUGGCACUAUCCAGGGAACUGGUUCGGGAGCAUGACACAGAAGAUUGUUCCAUGUGUCCUGAAGAUCAGUAUCCAAGCAUGGAGCAAGAUCGAUGUCUCAACAAAACAACGAGUUUCCUGUCCUUCGAAGAACCUUUAGGGAUCAGUCUGGCUUCAGCUGCUGUUUUCUUUUCCCUCAUGACAACCAGUGUGCUUGGAAUUUUCCUUAAGCGUAGAGAUACCCCCAUCGUCAGGGCCAACAACCGGGACCUCACUUACACACUCCUUAUCGCCCUUUUACUCUGCUUCAUCUCUUCCUUGUUAUUCCUGGGUCAGCCAGGGAGAGUAACCUGUCUUUUCCGGCAACCAGCAUUCAGCAUCAUCUUCUCACUUGCUGUUUCUUGUGUAUUAGCUAAAACUGUUACCGUGGUUGUAGCUUUCAUGGCUACUAAGCCAGGUUCUUCAAUGAGAAAAUGGGUAGGAAAAAGAUUGUCUCUUGCCAUUGUCCUCUCUUGUUCUCUUCUUCAAGCAGGUCUUUGCAUUAUAUGGCUAGUAACAUCUCCUCCAUACCCUGAGUUAAACAUGAAUUCCCUUACAGAAACCAUGAUUCUGCAAUGCAAUGAAGGUUCCAUCUUCAUGUUCUAUUGUGUGCUAUGCUACCUGGGCUUUUUGGCCAUUGCCAGCUUUAUUGUGGCUUUUUUUGCCCGUAAUUUACCUGACAGUUUUAAUGAAGCCAAGUUCAUCACUUUUAGCAUGUUGGCCUUCUGCAGUGUGUGGAUCUCCUUUGUUCCAACUUAUCUGAGCACCAGAGGAAAAGCCAUGGUGGCUGUGGAGAUCUUCUCCAUCUUGUCCUCCAGUGCUGGCUUAUUGGGAUGUAUCUUUUUCCCCAAAUGCUUCAUCAUCCUGACAUAUGGAUCAUUUCCUAUGGGAGAAAUUGAUACCAGUCAAUCAUCUUCACUUUACUUUAUGGCUCCAAAUGAAGUUCCUCAGUAUAUCGGGAUAAUCCGAUUGCUUCAGCAUUUUGGAUGGAAAUGGAUUGGGCUCUUUGCUGCGGACACUGAGAGUGGAGAACAUUUUCUGCAGAAAUUGGAGCUUUUGUUUUUCCAGCAGGGAAUCUGUUUAUCUUUUGUACAAAGAUUUCCAAAGUUAUUGCGUUUGGAUGACCUGGGUGAAUUUAAUGAUAUCAUGGCUGAGUUUUAUACACAUUUCACAGAUGUUAAAACCAACGCCUACAUCAUCUAUGGAGAAUCUUUGACGUUAGCCUGGUUGACAGCUCUCAAAUCUGUAUGGGAAGCUGCAAAUCGGGGAAAUGCAUUUUUAAGCAAGGUGUGGAUCACCACCAGCCAAAUCGAUUUUACAUUAACAGGAACCCAAAGGGAAUGGAACCUCCAGUUUUAUGAUGGGGCCAUUGCCUUUCAAAUCCAUUCCAGGGAAAAUCUGGAAUUCGAGGAAUUUCUCCGGUCCAUAAAACCUCAUGCAGGGCAAAGAGAUGGAUUUCGAAACCAUUUUUGGGAGCAAGCUUUUGACUGUUUCUUUCCUGAUUCAAGACUGUCAUCAUUGGGAAGCCAAGAAUGCACUGGGGAAGAAGGACUGGGAAGCCUUCCGGAAUCUCUGUUUCAAUUACAGGUAAACGGGCACAGCUACAGCAUCUACAAUGGGGUUUAUACUGUGGCUCAUUCUUUGCACAGCAUGCUAGCCAGAAGAUCCAAUUUGAGAAAAGUUUUGGCAGAUAAAGUGGCUGAAUCUCCAGAACUACAACCGUUUAAGGUAACAUUUCUCCAACAAACUUUCUUUCUUUUCAGUGAAGAAUUUUGUAAAGAAUAA